AUGGCACAGCUGAGGCCGACUUUACGACUGAUAUUCUCGAAUCUACCGCUGGAGCGACGUGAGCCACUGCGACGUGUUUGCAGGGCAUGGAAUUCCGAAGUGCUGCAGAUGCCUGCAACGCUAAAAGUUGAGCGAAUUAUCGGCAAACGCCGAUCCUUCCAAAUCGUCACCACACGGCUCGAUGUUCGGUUCGAUGGCUUUGCGCCUCUUGAAAAGUGUUAG